CUCGCUCGGUGUAGUUCACUUUUUCUACUAUAGAUCUGAAUUUCAGUCUCGUUUUUGCCGCGUCGGUCUAAAGGCGGGCGAGCGGCGAUUUUUAUAAUAUUCCAAUAUUUUUAUUUCGCGAGCCGGUGAGGAGUCGUGCCGGCGUGUGUGCACGCACAUGUACUGGAGGUCCCCGGUGCAGGCGCAAUCGCGAGCGAGGAGGACGGAGGAUCACGUGUGUAACACACAAACACACAAAUAGCACACGAAAAUAUUCUACAAAAAAUCUGGCAAUUCGGAUCCUAGUAACGACGUUCGGCAUUCAUAAUUUUACCUCAGGGUCAAAACAACGACUCCCUCGCUUUUCGUGCCGGCGCCCGGCAUUUUUUUUAAUGUUUAUUUUUUUAUUCGACUGAUGCACGUGGAUUUUUGAGGUGUUUUGGCGAAGGAGCCUGGGACUGGAGCCUUAGAUCGUGUUGUGACACUAGUGCUAGCCCGUUAUGUGAUAUUACCUACUAAGAACCGACUGUGAUGUAUCAGUGAUAUUGACGAUCGAGGGUUGCCGAUCCGGAGUGAGAUAACAGAACGGACGAUCUCGAAUACUUCCAUGACAGAAACGAGGAGCGCACGCCUAGAUCGGAAACUUUAUAUUUUUAUAUGAUAGUGCCAAAUAUUGAUAGGACGAUUAAUAAUAAUAAAUUAGAUAGAAUAUCAAAUUGAUCAAGAUGAUGGAAGGACGCACCAUCGACUACAGGCCGGACGGGGGCGGCCUGGACUACCACAGCUCGCCGCUGAUGGCGGAGAUCCCCGUCGACAACUACUCCCACAUCCACCGGAGCAUAGAGCACCUGCGGUCGAUAGGGGUGCCUCCCCCCAUCACCGACCACAGGCACCUAGCGGCCAACCUCACAGACAUAAGGAGAUACGAGCACCCCGACGAUAUGCCAGAAAUCAAGCCGUCCGUCCUUAGGUUAUCGGAGUUCAAGAGUGGGUUGCACGAGUUGAGACUACACAACGAUCAGGAGAAUGAGGUCCAAAGACAGAUGACGCCGCAUGACGAGGGAAAAGGGUACAGCGCCCCCUCCACGCCGCUCUCGGAGAACGGGGGUCACAGCAUCCAGGAGGAAAAGGUGUUCGGGUCGAAGGCGGACCUGCAGCUGCACACGCAGAUCCACCUGCGCGAGGCCAAGCCGUACCGCUGCACGCAGUGCCCCAAGGCAUUCGCCAACUCGUCGUACCUGGCGCAGCACUCGCGCAUCCACCUGGGCAUCAAGCCAUACCGCUGCGAGAUUUGCCAGCGCAAGUUCACCCAGCUGUCGCACCUGCAGCAGCACAUCCGCACGCACACCGGCGACAAGCCCUACCGCUGCACCCAGAUCGGCUGCACCAAGGCCUUCUCCCAGCUGUCCAACCUGCAGAGCCACAGCCGCUGCCACCAGACCGACAAGCCCUUCAAGUGCAACUCCUGCUACAAGUGCUUCACGCACGAGAAGGACCUGCUCGAGCACAUCCCCAAGCACAAGGAGUCCAAGCACCUCAAGACGCACAUCUGCCAGUACUGCGGCAAGAGCUACACGCAGGAGACGUACCUCAGCAAGCACAUGAACAAGCACGCCGAGCGCGCCGACAAGCGCCCGCCCAUCUCCGCGCUCGGGCUCGGCCUCAACCGCUCGCUCGGGGCCGCGGCGCCAACGCAGGCCUUCGACCACCCCUACUGGCCCAAGGUGAGCCCCGACAGCGCCGCGCACAUGUCCGACGACGGCGGCUACCACCAGCAGCGCGAGGACGAGCACGAGCAGCAGCUGCAGCAGCAGCGCGCGCUGUUCGCGCAGCACGAGCACGACGAGCGCGCGCAGCCGCCCGUCUCCAACUCCGCCUUCACGCCCAUCAACUCGAUGGCGCCGCACCUCAACGGGCUGGGCAACCCCGGCGGGCUGCCCACGCGGCCCUACCUGUACGAGACGCUGCACUUCCAGCAGGGCAAGCAGCAGGCCUCCUCCUUCCCCAACCAGUUCAUCUCGCUGCACCAGAUCCGCAACUACGCGCACCAGCCCGCCGCUCUGCUGCCCGCCGAACACAUCCUGCCGCACGCGCUGCACAAGGACAAGCAGUAGCCGCGCCCCGGCCCCCGCCCCUAGCGCCCUAGCGCCCCUCGCGCCCCUUCGAACUCCUAUGGUAUUAUUAGCAUAUAAAUUAACGAAAUAUUAAAAAUAUUUAGAAUCUCACUCCUUGGGAGGGUUCAUUGAAAUUUUAGUGAUGCGACUUCACGUUUUAGACUUGUAUCGAUAUAUUGUAAUACUCUGAAUUUUGUGAGUAGGUAACGAAUGUACUGGGUAUAAAAUGUGAUUUUAAAUAAGUGAAUCGUUUCGUAAUGUUUUCGCUCGUUCGAAUCGGGUGCCGCCGUACGGACGUUCGUUUUCUCACAAGUCACUCCAAAUUAUCGUCAAAAUUAGUAGACGCACUGCCCGCUCGAAGAAUACAAAUCCGAUUAUAUUUAUUGUAGCACAAAUUGAACAGUACACACGCAAGCUUUACGAUGUGCAUAAUACUGUUUACGUUAAUUAUGACUUAAGUACUGAAUGUUAUUGUAUAUUUAAUAAAUUUUAAAAUAAUAUUAAGAUUCACUGAUUAAGUGUAAAAUAAUUCCGUUUGCGAACCGAGAUAUUUUACAUUUACAUAAUGAUUUACGUGUCGAAUACAACAACCAGUAAAGUUCCUGCAGUACGUCAGUCGAUUACGCCGUGAAAUGAUUAGUUCUAUUCUUGCUGUUGCAUUUCCGACCUCCGAAAAGGAGGCGGCUAUUAUCCUAUACGUUAGAUGUAUCCUCACUGAACACAGAUCUCUCGUCGUCACAUUUGCACUCAGUUCCUACUUAGAUCGAAUUAAAUCUAAUUUAGUUUAAUUUCGCGCACCAUAAACGUUCUUAUGAAAACAGAAAAUGUGGUCUUCCUUCAGAUUUGUGUUAACGUAGUUUUACUGGGACGGAAGUAAAAUCUAAGGUUGUGAUAACUCGUGUCACUCGAGUCUGGACGCAUCUCGAAAGGUGCGGAGGAAAAAUGUCGAGACAAUAUAGUGUCAGUUCUAACUAAGCACAAUUUCUUUGUAAAUCAUUAUAUCUUCCAGUAAUCGUAAACAAUAAUUGCACGGCGGAUGUGCUUUUAGAAUUGAUAUUACAUGUUGUUAUGUACUUAUUAUUGUGUUACGUAACGAUCCACAUCGUAGUAAUUUUAUUUUACGAACGUGUGUAAAUCGAAGGCUGAAGACAUUUUCUUUUUGUAUUUCUGUUGUACGAUCGACAGGUGGCCAAAAUACUUAUUUUCAUCUCUCGAUGCCGAUGUAAUUUGUAAAUAUUUUGUAAAUAUGAUACACGUUUUUGAGACGACUUGAAUUUUAUUGUCAUUUUUUUAAGUAAAUGCUUAUGCUCAAUUAAACUAGACAUAAGAAUCAAAAAUCGAUUCGCUCGGUGUCACCCCGGCGACACCGCGGUAUAGAUUUGUGAUACCAACUCCUUUUGAUUGUAUAUAUUUGACAUUUUAUCGAUGAAAUGUGACAAUCGAUGGGACAUCACUACGGUUUAUUCGGUUUCGACUAAUAUUGGGAUAUAUGAAUCGUUUUAAUCAGUAUUUUAUUUUCUGAUCCAAAUCGAUGUACUUAUUUGAUGUAUACGAAAUGUUAUUUUAAAUUUGACGUAGACUAAACGAAAAUGUGAUAGGGAGAAAGAUUGGGAAUGUAUGCUCGAUUAUUUUAGGUUAUAUUGUUAGGUUGUGGUUCCCUGUGUAACCGUGCUGGGCCAGCCAGGCCUUGGGCGUUGGGUCCGUACUAGCUAAACCACUUUAAGCUGUAAUAGUUUAAAACUGGGUUAUAACCCUGUUAUUUUAAUAUUUUAAGUAAAUACUGAACAUUUUUAAACAAAGUUUUUCUAUGAAUGUAAUUUUAAUGUUUUGUUUAUGUUAGUGCAAGUCGUUCUUGAUAUUCAAUUCAUUUUGAGCUAUAUUUAAAGCAAUUUAAUUGUAACUUUUUAACGAAAUAUGAUCGUUGUUUAGCUUCUAUGGACCUAACGGGCCGGUUGCUGAAGACCAAAUAAGUUCUUGUACAAAUAUUGUUUACGCCAGCAAUAUAAUUUCUUCCGAUGUGUAGAUAUAUGGUCCAAAUUCUAUCGGUUUUAGGUAAUGCCAAUAUCUCUCUA